AGUAAACUACUACGUAAUGAGACUCUAGCACUAUAAAUCAUCUUACUACGUAAUGGUACUCACAUCUUGUCCCCCUAAACAAACAAAGAUGGCAUUGUUUUUGCAUUUUCUUCUGGUAUUGCUUGGGGUCCUCAUGGCAAAAGCUGAGGAUCAAUCAGGAUUUAUCAGCAUAGAUUGUGGGCUACCUGAAAAUUCAAGCUACACUGAGAAAACCACAGGCAUAAACUACAUUUCAGAUGCUAAGUUCAUAGAUACUGGUGUAAGCAAGAGCAUAUCACCAGCAGAGAAAGUCACUCUUCAACAGCAACUAGCAUAUGUAAGGAGCUUUCCAAGGGGAGUGAGAAACUGUUACAGAAUAAAUGUAACCAGGGGUACUAAGUAUUUAAUCAGAGCUUCUUUCUAUUAUGGAAACUAUGAUGAAUUAAAUGAGUUACCACAAUUUGAACUCCAUCUUGGAGCUAAUAUUUGGGACACAGUGACAUUCCCCAAUGAUUCACUCACCACAAUCAGUGAGAUUGUAUACACCCCAUCACUAUAUUAUAUACAUGUGUGCCUAGUUAACACAGGCACUGGGACUCCAUUCAUUUCAGCCAUAGAAUUGAGACCUUUGAACAAUGGUACUUAUAACAUUGACUCAGCUGGAACAUUGGCACGCCUCCGGAGAUACGAUUUAGGUUCCAUCUCCAACUCGGAGUACAGGUUCAAAGAUGAUGUUUAUGACAGAAUCUGGGCACCUCUUCCUUUCAAACGGUGGACACAAUUAAGCACUUCACUAAGACCUGAUGAUCUAGCUCAGAAUGAUUAUAAACUACCAGCAGUUGUUAUGAGCACUGCCGCGACCUCAGUGAAUGCCAGCGCUCCAUUUCAGUUCUAUUGGGAUCCAGAUAAUGCAAAGGAACAAUACUACAUCUACAUGCACUUCAAUGAGGUUGAAAAGCUUGCACCGAAUGAAACUAGAGCAUUCAAUAUCACCUUGAAUGGUAAAUAUUGGUAUGGACCUGUGGUACCUCAAUACCAGGUAAUAAAUACCAUAUAUAAUCAAGCAGCUUUGACUGGAGCCACAAGGUACCUGUUUUCUUUAGUUCAGACAGAGAAUUCUACCCUUCCACCCAUCCUCAAUGCCUUCGAGAUUUAUAUAGUAAAAGAUUUCUCACAAUCAGAAACAGUACAAGAUGAUAUUGAUGCUAUCACAAACAUCAAGAACACUUAUCGGUUGGCUAGAAAUUGGCAAGGAGAUCCAUGUGGCCCUGUAGCAUACAUGUGGGAAGGCCUAAACUGUAGUUUUCAAGGCGAUAGCUCCCCAAGAAUCACAUCCUUGACUUUGUCUUCAAGUGGAUUGACUGGGCAGAUAGCAUCUUCCAUCUCCAAGCUCAAAAUGUUACAGUACUUGGAUUUAUCAAACAAUAGCUUAACCGGUCCAGUACCUGAUUUUCUGACACAACUGCAAUCACUGAAAGUCCUAAAGUUGGGGAAUAACAACCUUACAGGUUCAGUUCCCAGUGGACUUGUUGACAGAUCAGAAAAGGGUUCACUAUCAUUGAGCGUGGAGCAAAAUCCAAUUCUAUGUGAAUCUGGUUCAUGCAACCAACAGACAGAUGAUCAGAAGAAGAAAAAGAAGAAGAAAAAUAAUUUAGUUAUCCCACUGGUAGCAUCAGUUUCUGGGAUUUUGGUGUUCCUAAUCGCAGUAGCAGCUAUCAUCUGUGGACUUAAAAAAAGAAAACCAAGAGCUGUGAACAGUCAUAUAGAGCCUAAUACUCCAUAUGGGUCACAUUUAGAAUACAAGCAAAAACAAUAUACGUAUAAUGAUCUUGCUAUGAUCACCAACAACUUCACUAGAAUUAUUGGUAAAGGUGGAUUUGGAGAAGUUUAUCAUGGCCUUAUUGAUGACACUCAAGUAGCUGUCAAGGUCCUUUCUCCAUCAUCAGUACAAGGAUAUCCACAAUUCGUAACAGAGGUUAAACUUCUGAUGAGAGUUCAUCACAAGAAUCUGACUUCUCUUGUUGGCUAUUGCAAUGAAGAAAACAACAUAGGGCUCAUAUAUGAAUAUAUGGCAAAUGGAAACCUGGAUGAGCAUCUUUCAGGGAAAAAUAGCCCAGCAAAGUUGUUAAGUUGGGAAGAUAGACUCAGGAUAGCAGUUGAUGCAGCCCAAGGACUGGAAUAUCUGCAUCAUGGUUGCAAGCCACCUAUAAUCCACAGAGAUGUGAAAAGCGCAAAUAUUUUACUAAAUGAAAACUUUCAAGCAAAAUUGGCUGAUUUUGGCCUAUCCAAAAGCUUCCCUGCUGAUGAAGGCUCUCAUUUAUUCACUGUUGUGGCUGGAACUCCAGGUUACCUGGAUCCUGAGUACCGCUCAUCAAACAGGUUGACAGAGAAAAGUGAUGUUUACAGCUUUGGAGCUGUUCUUCUGGAAAUAAUCACAAGUAAGCCAGCUAUAGCAAAAACUCCUGAGAAGACUCACAUAAAAGAGUGGGUUAGCUCUAUGCUUUCUAAUGGAGAUAUAAAAAACAUUGUUGACUCAAGAUUACAGGAAGAUUUUGACACUAGCUCUGUGUGGAAAGCUGUUGAAAUAGGAAUGGCAUGUUUGUCCACCAAUCCUGUAAGAACCAGGCCAAGCAUGAGUGAUGUAGUGAUAGAGCUAAAGGAGAGUUUGGCUUCCGAAUUAGCUCGAAAAAGGACUGGUGGUGAGAUUGAAAAUGAUUCAAUGGAGUUGGUCUCAUUGAAUCUGACUACUGAACUCAGUCCCCCAGCUAGGUAGUACCUUUGGAUAAUAAAGAAACCUACUAAUUUCUCUACGCCGCGGCGUGUUUCGAUUUCUGUUUGAUGUACCUGAAUGUAUUGGAAUUUGUACGUUCAAUUCUCGCAGUUUGUUGAUACAAUGCACAAGUUUAUCUUUUGUUUUAA